AAAAUGGAAUUGUCUCGUUUGCUUGUUUUUGAGGAUGAGGAUGAUAUCAGUUAAUUCGUGAUGGAUUGCUCUGGGGGCUGUUUGGCAUCAGAUAACACACCAUUUUCAGUUUUAUUAAUUAAUAACAUCCUUUGACCUAGUUUAAUCCAACUGGGAGGUCAACGAUGUCGAGGUCAUUCUCCUUGAAAUGUAAACAUUGGAUGUCUAAUUUUAGAAAUUAGAGUUUUAUUUGAGAGAACGUUCAGAAACAUGAACUGAAGUGCAUUUUUUAGCAAUUACUAUCAAUCAAUCACUUUUAUUUUGUUGCAUUUAUGCUUGUUGUCAAUAAAACAUAUCAAUUUAUUGAAGAAAGACAAUGGCAUAUUUUCAAAACACUAACAAAUAUUAGCAUGAAUACAUUAUUGCUCACAUUUGUGUUUGCGCUCUUGUCCAAUCGGAGCACAAUGUGAUAUGACGUCAUAUUGGUGCGACGGCCGUCAAUGAACAGUAUGGCAGUGGCGGGUUGAAAAUGGGAACCUUAAUAUGUGGAGCAAUGUUUACGUCUUGUUGUAAUAUGAUAAUAUUCUUCUGAGUAGUAGUACUUAGUACCACACGUCUGUUGUACAUAAACAUUUUUUACGGAAUACUUAUUGAAACUGCGAAUGUUCGUAAGUAAUAUUAGCUGGCUAAUGCUAGCGUGCGGACCUGGGCCUCUGUUGUUUUUGUCAUUGACGUCAAGCUAAUGGAACAAACGUAAGUGGUGACACCUGACACUUACCUUUACCUGCAUGUUUUGGUUGCCAUAUUAACACAUUUGACUUUAAUAAGGUUAACUAAACAAAAACUAUGACUACCAGGCGGGCAAGCUAUGCGAGUGACAUGGAUUCUAAUAGUGGAAACCGCAAGCAGAAUAUAAACAACAUUCCUGACAGGACUGGGACAGAAUCCUGCUACGAUCGCAAACCAGUCAAGGCUGCACAUGUCAGCAUGAGUGUCACAUCGUUGAAAUCCCGCCUUGCCCCGACCAUUCAAACUGCCAUGUCGACUGUAGUUGAUACUCUCCUGGGUGAAGUGGUACUUGUGCUCAACGAGACCCAUCAAGAGUUACUGCACAAGGAAGAAGAGAAUGAGAGACUCAAAGUGCGCCUGGAGGUGUCAGAAAGGGAGUUGAAGACUUUACAGGAGUGUCUUUGUAGCGCUCAGAAGCUAAUAGACCAGCUUCAGAUCUCAUACACAGGCCCACAGAACAUUGGCCAGUCAGUUUUUGCGCCAUUGCUGUCAUCUAUGACGGCAGGUGUAGACCGAGACCAUCAAAACCCCCGUAAUAUGAAUGGAGCUGGCGUUGACCUGGGUCUUGGUGGUUCUGUGGAUGAAUCACUUCAUGGGUUUGAGCCCAGAGAUGAGUACAAAAUGUGCCAGCUGUCUAUUCAACCGGACGGCUCUGUGACCAACCAUGCUCUGGACUCUUUUGCAACAGAUACAUCUCACAUGUGCACCGACGCCAACACACCAGAUAACAGACAGUCUCGGGGACCAGGUGAGGCAACCAGCUUUGAGAUCAAAGUGGAGCAGGGACCAGUUUCAAGCUCCGUUCAGACCAGCAGAAAGGACUUACAGAGUGACAACAGAGUGGGCGAUGGAGCGCAGUCAUCCCACACCAUGAGCUACGUUCACGUUGGAGAGGAGGGAACAGCAUCUCAGCACUCCUUCACUCACCAUCAACGUCACCAAAGGCCCGUUCGAGAAUGCACCAGCAUCCUGCAGCAGGGUGUGCUGGAUGGACAAAAGCCACUGGUGAGGACUUCUGGACCUGGGAGAGUUGACAGUGCUUCACCGGGCAGAGCUGAAACGUCUGCGGGACCUUCAAACACUGACACUGCAGUUGAUCCCUCUAGUGAUCGUCCACAUCAUUGUUUAGAAUGUGGAAAGACCUUCCGUCUGAUUUCCAGCCUGAAGAAGCACAUCCGCAUCCACACGGGAGAGAAGCCCUACCCUUGUAGCGUCUGUGGCCGACGUUUCCGUGAGUCGGGUGCCCUGAAGACUCACCUGCGGAUCCACACUGGGGAGAAGCCUUACUCGUGCUCAGAGUGCGGCAACUGCUUCCGCCACUUGGACGGCCUGCGCAAGCACAGGCGCACACACACCGGAGAGAAACCUUAUGUGUGUGCCAUCUGCGGGAAGCGUCUGAGCCGACUGCAGCACCUCAAACACCACCAGCUCAUCCACACGGGUGAGAGGCCGUGCUGCUGUCCCUUCUGCAAUCGUACUUUCAAAGAGCCUGCAGCGCUUCGCAAGCACGUACGGACACACCGCGAGGAAGGUGGGCACAUGCCGAUCACAGCCAGCGAUGACCCCGACCCGGACCCAAUUGAUGACAUGAACAAUCUGCACCCGGCAGCUCCGUCUCCUCAGAUGAGAUUUGGGGAGUGGGGAGCAGAGGAGGAAGACACCUCCGUUGUUGAUUGUGUCUAG